AUGGCGCAGCUGACAGCUCGUACAGUUCUGUCAUCGCUUUCAAAGCGUACAUUGAUGCCUGCUGUUGUUCCACGUCGUUCUUUGGCUACAGAGGCUUCACCUGAAGACUAUGGUUAUUACCCAGAUCCUCUCGAGCACGCCACGGGCCGUGAGAAGAAAAUGCUCCUAGCGCGUCUUGCAGGAGACGAUCGCUACGAGCCGAAAGUAUAUUAUCGUGCUGAAACGUCCACGAAAGAAAGGCCUAAUCUUGUCCCGUCACACUUUCCCGACAGGAUUGUAGGGUGCAUGUGCGAACCCGAUUCUGGACACGUAAAUUUCAUGGUUAUUCGCAAAGGAGUGCCAAAGAGAUGUGAAUGUGGACAUUGGUUCAAGGCUAUUGAUGCUGAUCCAGAAUCUGUCUGA